AUGAGGGCAUCACUUUUUCUCUCCACAGCCGCAGCCCUGCUUGGGCUUGCGGGGGUGUCAGCAAGAUCCGUGUUUGCACACUUUAUGGUUGGGAACGCCGCCAACUACACCUCAAACGACUGGAAAAAAGAUAUCAGCUUGGCCCGAGAGGCUCAGAUUGAUGCCUUUGCUCUCAACAUUGCCUACAAGGAGCCCAAUAUCGCAUCCUCCCUGCCCACGGCCUUUUCGGCGGCCGCUGCCAUGGGAUUUGAUAUGUUCUUCUCCUUUGAUUAUGCUGGCAAUGGCGCAUGGCCCAAGGACGAGGUUGAUUCCUUGCUUGCCAAGUAUGCGGCUCAUACAGCGUAUUUCAAGUAUAACGGCAAGUCCCUUGUCUCGACCUUCGAGGGUCCAGACAGCGCCGAUGACUGGAUCGACCUCAAGAAUGAUCACAACGUCUUUUUCAUUCCGGAUUGGUCGUCAUUGGGGGCCAAGGAGGCCUUGAAAAGAGGCGGUGGCGUUGCCGACGGCUUAUUCAGCUGGGCAGCCUGGCCCUGGGGAGCUCAAGACAUGGACACUUACACCGACGCGUCAUAUUUGCAGUACCUGAACGGCAAGCCUUACAUGAUGCCCAUAUCACCUUGGUUCUUUACCAACCUUCCCGGCUACAACAAGAACUGGCUUUGGAGAGGUGACAGUCUCUGGUACGACCGCUGGGUGCAAGCAUCAUAUAACAAGACAAGCGCCGAUUUGAUUGACAAUACCCAGUUUGUGGAGAUCAUCUCAUGGAAUGACUACGGCGAGUCCCAUUACAUUGGUCCUCUUCACGACAAAGCCAUGGAGGCGUUCACCAUUGGCAAAGGCCCUAGCAACUUCGCCAAAGAUAUGCCGCACGACGGAUGGCGCCUCUUUCUGCCGUAUGUCAUCAGCCUUUUCAAGUGGGGUACGGCUACGAUAACACAGGAAGGGCUCACGGCUUGGUAUCGAUUGUCGCCGGGUGCAGCUUGCGCAUCGACCGGUACCACUGGCAACACGGCUAGCCAGCUUCAGAUUGAAUUUGCCCCACAUGAGGUGGUGCAGGACAAGAUUUUUUUCUCGGCUCUUCUCACAUCCGAGGCUACUAUCAGCGUCACUGUUGGAGGUGUGCCACAAGCAGGAGCGUCUUGGACAUACAAACCGGAUGACCAUAUUGGUAUCUACCACGGUAGUGUUCCCUUCAGUGGCACCGGCGCCGUUGUUGUUACACUGAGCCGCAACGGAGCCACGAUCGCCCGAGUCGACGGCAAGGCCAUCGAGUCAGUGUGUACCAGCAGUCUAUACAACGCCUGGGUCGGCUCCGCUACCGUGUCUGGCAGUGUAUACGCUAGCCCAUCUCUGUCUAUCUCCAAACAGGCGUGUGUCAAUGGCACAGGAGUGAACAACUUCGCGGGUCUCUGCGGCUUCGCCUGCGAGUAUGGUUACUGUCCUGCUACUGCCUGUACCUGCCGACAAAUGGGCAAGGCGGUUAAAGAGCCACCCGCAACGGGUGUAAUUGGAUAUCCAAUCUCUGGCGAAUCCGCGAGUUAUUCGGGCCUCUGCGCUUAUAACUGCAACCACGGUUAUUGCCCUUCGGGUGCAUGUGGCACCACCGAGGUUCCGCUUACAAUCCCGGACGUCUCGGAUUUCUCUCCUCCAGCUUGCCGAGCAGGGACAGGAACGGGGGCUCUUGCCGGUCUAUGCAGCAGCUUCGCUGCACAUAUGGUUAGCGCCUUGAUUGACGCACCGCCCAAGGUUGCUAUAACAGGGAAGCCUAUUGCUGGGCUUGAAGACUACGGUCUGUGCGAUUUCGUCUGCAGCCAUGGCUACUGCCCGGAUGUCUGUGUCGGCACCGGCUCCGGCAGUUCUGGCAAUGUCUACUAUCCUCCGAACAUUUGGGAAGGUUCUCAGCCCCAUAUUCCGUGUCUUCCUCCCUGUAAGGUCAUCCUUCCGCCUUACCCCAUCGGCUCGGCGACCACAAUCACGUUUUCCCCGCUGGUCACAUCAGUCUGGACCGUCUCGGCCGGUCACACGGGCACCAAGACAACGACAAUCACUCUAGCACCGUUGGUAACGGACGCAAUUCCUUUCUGGCCCAUUACUGUCGGUCCUUCUGUCACCACACCAGUUACCGUGUUCCCACUUCAGAGCUUUAUGCCACCUGCGGCAGUCAUCACGCUGAACGGAAACGAGGCGACAUUCUCACCUGUGCCCUCGGGCAGCGCAACGCCUGCGCCCUCCUUCCCUGGGACCGAGCGCCCGGUCACAAUCCAACCUCAGGCCACCAGUUCUGUCACGAUGAAGAACAGUGUUCCCUCGGUAACCUGGUCCAGCGCAAAAAGCACCGCAACAUGCACCUCGGGCUGCGGCACCGACAGCUGCGAGGUUUUCGGCGGUUGUUCGUCUACCGAUCCGGCCGAUGAUUGCGGAACCCAAGGAUGCGGUGGUGGCUGCAGCAUUCAAGGCUGCGAUCAAACGUGCGGCAUCGUUUGCUCGACUGACCAGUACCACGUGCCAUCUGACGGGACUGACGGGACCGACGAUAGUAGCAACCCGAGGACGCUACCUUUCGAUUAUGACGGUCCUGACGGCGCUAACUCUGGCAGUUGGAACCCGUCCCCAAUAGAUAAAAGCUUUGCGUCAUCGGCGACGAGUGCCAUAGAAAAACACAUGGCUACAGCAGCGGCUAUGGUGUCUUCUAUGAUUGACAACUGGAAUGAUAAGGCGUUGACGACCCGUGUCCAGGCCACUGCAACUUCAGCCAGAAAAGCACUCUCAACGAUUCAAAGCAAGCUCGAGAGUCAACUCGAAGAUGCCGCCGACAAAUCCAACACUGACAACGCCGGCAUCAUAUACUGGCUCGCUCACUGGUUCGACAUAGCAGACGAAAGUUUGGAGUUGGCCACCUACUGGGCUACCAACAUGGGAGGACCCCCGGACGUUUCAGGGCCGGGAGUAGGUGCUGCCAAAGAGGCAAAAAGGAAUAUUGAAAAGUUUAAGGGCGCAACGGAAAUAAUUGAGGAAGAGAUAUCAAUUCAAUCCAACGAUGACAUCUGCGCCAAAGAUCAUCUGUGCAACAAUUGCAUCCUCGAUGCUUUUACAAGCAAAGGUGCUACGCCGCCGGAGAGCUGCCCACCGACCGAAAACAGUGAUCCCGGUGAGGCGACCAACGCCCACGAGAUUCCAAACUCUGUCGAUUGCGUAUCCCACUCGGGAACAAAAAACUGGACCAAAGACGAGAUCAUGAGGGCACUAAAGCAGGCAGUCAAUUACAAGCGGUCACCCCCGAAAGAGCCCAUCAAAAAGAAUGCACCCCUUUGGCAGUACUCCACCAAGGGCAUGUACCCCCACGAGUACAGCAAUAGCGACAACCUUGCCUUCACCGAGGAGUGUAAGAACGCUGGAAAGGACUUCGACGAUCUGGUGGAGUUCCCCAUCAUCAAGGGUGGUGUGAUAGAGGCCGGCAAAAAUGGCAAACAGGACGUUGGGACGGACCGUGUCGUGUUUAGGUCCACGAAAAGAGACAGUGUGAACCCCUUGCGUUGGAUUUAUUGCGGUGUUAUGACGCACCAUACCAAGGUAAAGGAGACACAUAAGAUUGACGGUGAGGACAAACAGGUGUUGCCCUUCAGCUUAUGCACUUAG